UUACCAGCGCAUGACGCAGCGAGCCACAGUUAUUCGAGCUCGAAAAGAUUAUUUAUUAAAAAGUGACAUUCGAACUUCAGACGCGAAAUAAACCAACGAAAGACCACCCUCGACGGCAUCAUGGGUGGCUGUGGCGAAUGGGUCGAAAUGACCCAGAAGAACAAACCGCAGUCCAACACGCUGGCGGCAGGAACCAUGGUCCUAAUGACCACCGGAAUGCUGGUCGGUUCCACAAUAUUCAACAUGGACCUCCGGAAUCAAACGUGGACUCUGGAUCAUUCCGGCAAUACAAUCCUGCUGGCAUCGAUCUCCUUCUACAUGGCGGCAAUCGUCGGUUCCCUAGCCGGGUACUUGCUCGUUGAGCGCUACGAAAAGAAGCCCCUUUCGAACGUCUACUCGGUGCUGGCCAUCGUCGCCAGCAUCCUGCUGAUCGCGCUUCCCGAACACAUCGUAUCGGUAGCAUUCGCACGCGUACUCUUCGGGUUAGCUCACGGAAUUGCCUACGUCGUCGUGUUGAUCCACGGUGGCGAAGUGGCCAUCAAGGAACUGCGUGGGCUGAACAUGUCAGCGGUGAGCUAUUGUCUAAUGAUCGGGACUCAUGGCGUUUUUAGUCCGAUAGCUACAUACGGACAAAGCUUUGAUCCGAACCGGCUCAUCGGUAUACUGGGGCUUGUCUACGUUGUCACGGGUGUUGCCGUGGCUCAGUUUUUAACGUACGAAUCACCCGUCUAUCUGAUACAGCGGGGACGAGAUCGGGAAGCUAUUCAGUCGAUGAUGAAACUGCGCAACGAGUCAACUGAAACAUGGGAAAUACGGAACGAUUACACCGAGUUUAAAACCAUGGUUCAGGAAGAUGAGGAAACGUCUCGAUGGAUUUUUGAAGAUGGGAAUUUGCGACCGCUGAUUCUACUAUGGCUUUGCAAGGUAGCUUCCGUCUUAUCCUUCAACAUGUUGCUGAACUUGACGCGGUUACACAUUCUGGAUAAACUUUUCGGAUUUCAAGACUACAGUAUAUCUGCCGUGAUGAUCAUGAUGAUUCGGACAUUCAUGGGAGCACUGUUUCUGUUCGUAAUCGACCGAUUCGGUCGAAAGGCACCCAUGCUUUUGUCGACGGUAACCAGCGGUGCGAUUCUUGCGGUUAUGGGACUGAUCUAUCUGGUGGCAGACUACAUCAAUUCAGAUAUAGCAAUCGCCAUCAUGUUGACCUACGAAGUGGUGGCUUCCUCCGGGGUAACCUUAGUCCCCGAUGUUUACAGCUCGGAAGCGUUCAACACGAAGAAGAAGGCUGCGUCUAUUGCAGCGGUACAUACGCUGGAAAACGUUCUACAGAUUAUAAUCACCGUGGCUGUGUUUUCGUGGAAUUUUGGUGACAGUGUAUACCAAGGAGCAGCGAUGAUGAUCUGUGGAGUUCCGUUGCUGGUUUUGGCAGGACUCUUCCACCGAUGGCUGCCUGAGACCACCAAGAUGACUAUUCGGCAGUCCCGGACGGAGUUCUCGAAACGAGGGGAGAUUGUUCUCGGGGGUACCAAACAACCGCAGAACUGUUUGAACGAUUGAGCGUAAGACGGUGGAUGUGGGGUGCCGGGUGUACUGAAACAUUUAGUUGUUACUGUAACGAUUACUGAGGGCUAGUCACUCUCAUGGAGAGAGAUAUGCGGAGAAAAAAAUCGUCGAAUUGGGAGCCUUUUAUUCCAUUGUGAAAAAUUAACAGCGUUCCCAAAGAAAGGUUAAUUGACUUGGCUGGCUUAUGGAAUUUUGAAAUUUCGCUAGCUCAAUAUGGCGUCUUCGCAUAUCUCUCCCCAUGAGGAUAACUGCUGAGGACCUAAUUAUAAUAGAAGUUGUUCGUGAA